UGAUGAGACAAAGCAACAGAUCAUGUGUUUGUUUUUUUCUGCUUUUGACUGAAUUUGUUGGAGAAGUUUCGCACACUUGAAUCUUUUCUCUCUGUAGCUGGAAAGCAAAGGAGCAACCGUGGCAUUAAACUUCCUGUCUUGGUGAAUGGUGAGGAGCUGUGAACCAAUGGGAGAGCAGCGGUGAGGAUGCAACUGUGAUCCAGGAAAAAACAGCCCAUUGUUCCUGGGACGUCAGAGAAGUGUGACCUGCUUCUGGACGGUUAGCCCAACGGCGCACUGACAGGUCACGAUGAGUGGGGGGGUCAACGUGAAGUCAGUUCCCCGUGGGCCUCCCUCAUCAGGAAUACCCCUCCCUCGCAGUCUUCUGCCUUCCUCUCCUAAAACAGAACCACGCCGCCGGGCGAGUGACCUGCCCAGGCCCUCAAAACAGACCCCUAAGCACACGCCUGCGAACACGCCUGCACACUCCCCGUCACUUUGUCCAAGAAACUCCAGUAUCCCUGGGCCUUCCUCCACAGAUGCCCUGAGAGAUGCCUGCCUUAAAAGUCAGCUCUUCCAGCGAACCGGAGCUCUUCCAAUUCCCCAGGUGUCGAGAUCUGCCUACAGCAGCCCGCUGACCCAGCGACGAGUACAUCCGCCACACUCAAAAGACACGCUAGACCUGGGAAAAUCGCAAAUCCUCUCCCAAUUACCCCAGGAUGGCAAUCGCAACAGAAGCACCUUUGCAAAUAAGAAUCAAGCGUAUGGAGCCGGCAACCUACGUCCACCGCUCGGUUUUAGCAGAGGAGACAAUUCAAACAUUGCAACCCAAUCAAUGGCUGAUGCGAUACCAGGAAGGAAGGAAGAGCCUCCCAAAAACCAUCCAGCCAAAUCCGUCACACUCAGCAACUGUAACAUUCGGCCCACUCUUCUUUACUCAAACCAUCACACCAUCAGAGAUCAUAGUGACUCUGGCAGCCAAUCAGAUGAGGAAAUGGGAACUCCUGAGGAGAGCAGUCCAGCUUCCUCUCCUCUUCCCUUACCGUUGCCAGCUAUCGCAUUUACCAUGCCAGUAACGUCCAAGCAGGUUGUUGAUACACAGGAUCAGGAGGCAACAUCUGAAGAGACACACAUACCCAGAGUCAACAUGGCUGCUGUGGCUCCCUUCAGUCACAGGCUGCAGGCAGUGAGUGAAUUUUCUGUGGAUGAACUGAGUGACUGCUCAUCUGGAUCCAUAGAAGUCUGCUGUGAUGACCUGACACCAGGAGGGAUGCUGGAGGCUAAUGUGGCUAACAUUAGCAUGACGGCUAAGCCCAGAGAGCUGGACCUCAGGUCUGCUGCUGUCCCCUGCCAGGAUACUUCAUCUCAGGCCAUGGCAUCAAGGAAACCACCCGCCAAGCCCUCUGCUUUGCCCCAGGGGCCCGUGCGUCCCUCUGGGUCAGAGCUCAAGGUCUACCGGCCCACCUCCGGAUCUAUCCCCAUUCCUAUCCCCAGUCAGUCCGGGCUUCGCAAACAGCGUUCACUCAGCAACUUGUCUGUGCUCACUGAUGCUGAGAAGAAGCUGCACCUGUACCAGUCUACCAGGUGGAAUGAUGACACAAGCCGUCCUGGCACUGUGACCAACAAAGCGGGGCAGAGUAAGGCAGGUCAAGCUGGCGGUGGGAGACCACCACUAUCCCGGACACUUUCAAAGUCAGAACAGUCUCUCUUUCAGGGGAAGCCAAAGUCUUUCUGCUCCCCUUCUGUGACUUCUAAUAUAGGCAAGCCAAGUCGAAUCCCUGCACCUGGCAAACCACGGGGACCUUAUGCUGAGGUCAAGCCAAUUAGCAAGGCCUCUGAGACAGUCCAGAAUGCAGAUACAGACCCAGCUGAUCACCCAACCAAAGCAAACUCCAACGGAGCUGGGACUACUGGAACUAACGGCAAGAAACUAGGGGAGAAAUCCAAACCUGCGGCUCUGUCAGCGGAGGAAAGGAAAGAGAGGAAGGGGAUGGAGGGUGAGGACGAUAAGAGCUUUUUAAAGGUGGAUCCAGAGUUAGUGGUUACAGUCUUGGGAGACCUGGAACAACUGCUGUUCAGCCAAAUGCUGGACCCAGAGUCCCAGAGGAAAAGGACGGUGCAGAAUGUUCUGGACCUUCGACAGAACCUGGAGGAAACCAUGACCAGCCUGAGAGGGGUGCAGCUCAGCCACAGCUGUGCAGAGGGCACUAUGUGCUACGACAGCGAUGAAGCCGCUGCCUUCUCCGUUUCCAGUCUGUCAAAUCGUUCCUCUCCGCUGUCAUGGCGUCAGGGUCAAGCUAGCCCUCGUCUCCAAGCUGGCGAUGCUCCGUCCACGGGUAACGCCCACUCAGAAGUGCCCCUCAGGAUCAGCCACGCAUCUCGUAUCCACCUUAUCGAAUCCCUGGACGACUCCAACCCGACCCUCCUGAAGGGAGAUUACCUCAGCGACAGCGACCUCGGCGGGAAGAGCCCAAAUGAAGAUGAUGACGAAGAUGAUGAUAUUGAUGAUCUGGGCAAUGGUUGGGAUGAGAGCAGCUCCAUCAGCAGUGGACUGAGUGACGGUUCAGACAACCUGAGCUCUGAAGAGUUUAACACGAGUCCCACUCUCAACUCUCUUCCCACCACUCCCAUUGGCUCCCGCAGAAACUCAAGCAUUGUGGUGAGUGACACACAAACACAGCACACGAGUACAGUGAAGUCUGAUGGGAAGCCCAUGGAUAAGUCCCGUUUAGCAGUGAAGACUUCCAGUCUUCAGCGCUCCUCCUCUGAUGCUGGUAAAGACCAUCGAAACGGCACCGGAGCUGCUGAGCAGCGUAAGCCUCCAUCCGGCCUGGUCAGGCCCUCCACUGGUGGAAACUUUGGCUUCAAGAAACCAACAGCAGCUACCAGUAAUAGCACAAACAACUCAAGUCCGCCCAGUGUAACCAGUGCAGUUAGCAGUGGCAUACCCAGUGGUUCUGCAACUGUAGGGAAAAUUCCCAAAACGUCCGGUAUUCCUGUGAAGCCAGGUGCUGGUGGCGGAGGACGAAAGACAAGUCUCGAUGUUUCGAGCAGCGAUCAGAGUGGUUUUCUGUCUCCAAAUGCCAGAACGUCUCUGCAGUACCGCUCUCUGCCCCGCCCCGCGAAAACGAGCACCCUGACUUUAACACGGCCGAGCUCAGCGCGCCCAGUGAGCACCACCAUGGACGCCGGCUCUGGACUCAUCAAACCCUCCGUCGCAGCAUCACAGGGCUCAAGGCUCAAAGAGCCGGGCUCUGUGCACAGUUCUGGAGCUGGACUGAGUAAACCAGGACGUGGGAUCCCCAGUCCCGGUCCUGUCAAUCAAACCGACAGAGAGAAGGAGAAGGAGAGAGCCAAAGCUAAAGCUGUGGUUUCUGACUCUGAGUGUGGGGGAGGGUCUAUGAAGGGAAGUCCUGCUCAGACCCCAUCAGAGAACGGAGGGAAAGUACAAGGGCUGAGGCCCCCCAGCAGCGGCAAGGGCAUGGAGCUCCCAUCUCCCAGCACACACAGGUUGUCUGGAGUGCGCAGCCUGGCAAAGCCUCCAUCGAUGGUUCAGCUUGACAAGCUGAGCUCAAACAGCCUGGACACUGAGGUUCGGGACACUUUGCCUCCUAAGAUUCCUCCUUACUCGAAGCUUCAAGACCUCUCCGGUUCAGCAGGCAACUCCACUAGCUCUUGCCUGACCCCCAGCCCCGCCCCUGUACUAAAUGUGAACUCUUCAGCCUGCUUUUCCAGUUCUGCCAUAGGUUUUGGUCCCAGGCAGGUCACUUCCCUCGGGGUAGAAAGCAGUGAAGGGAGAACCUCUCCCCUGCUCUACCCUCGGAUGUCUGGGCUGCAUCGUAGCUUGGAGUCUCUGCCACUUCAGAUGAGCCUGGCCCCAGAGCCCCAGGAGAGAGAGGAGUAUAAAGGGGGGGAGAAUAUGACGAGAGGCUACACCACCUUAGAGUCCCGAGUCAAAGAUAGACACGAUGACGGCGGCCAGCCCUCUAGCUGGACACCCGGAAGUAAAGUCUCACUGACUCCCACAGACAGCUCUCAGAGAGACAGAAACACGCUGCCAAAGAAAGGUUUAAGUUUCAGCAGUGCCUCCCAGAUCGAGGAGGACGGGAAGGAGAAAGGAGAGAGGAGGCACUCUCAUACUGUUCUCAGUAUGACCGACUCGCUCACUCUCCCACUGCUGUCCUCACCCACCUCCCUGCCCCGAACCUCAAAGACCAGCAUGGAACAGAUGCGUGAAACACAGCCUGAUUAUGCAAACCUGGUGGCCGCCUUUGAGCAAAGUUUGGCGCUGAUGACAUCGCGGCUGCAGAGCCUGUCGCUCAGCCACGAACAGAAGGACUCUGAGCUGAUGGAGCUCCGGGAGACCAUCGAUGCUCUGAAGACCAGGAAUGAAGAAGCCCAGGCUGUCAUACAAGGAGCCUUAAACAACCCAGACAACAGCAAAGAUCUGUGUAUCCGACGUCAGAACUCCUGUGAGAGCAUCUCCAGUCUGAACAGUUUGACCAGCAUGUCCAGCGUGGGCAGCUUGAAGGACCAAGAUGCUAAGAAGAAGAAGAAAAAGAGCUGGGUCUUCGAGCUGAGGAGCUCCUUCAACAAAGCAUUCAGCAUUAAGAAAGGCUCCAAAACAUACUCUGACAUUGAGGAAAUUGCCACCCCCGACUCCUCAGCUCCUAACUCUCCCAAGAUGCCUCAUGAAGGGGGGGAAGGAGGAGACGGCAUGCUGCCUUGCCUCAAAACCUCAGCUUCAGCCACGUCCUCUGUGAUCAUGGAAAGUACAGAAGAGGGAGACGGCGAGGAAAGCGCCGUAUCAGAGUUGCGCUCAGAGCUCUGGGUGAAAGAGAGGGAACUGACAGAUAUUCGACUUGAAGCCUUAGACUCUGCACAUCAGCUGGAGCAGCUCCGAGAAGCCAUGAAAAACAUGCAGUCGACGGUGGAGAACCUGAAGGCAGAAAAUGUCAAUUUAAAAACAGGAACCCAGCAUUACCUCCCCGCCUCUGGCCCCACCUCCUCCACGUCCCAGCCUUCGGGCCUGGCGUCCCUCCUGGGGCCCUCUCUGAGGCAGCCAAUGAGCAUGUCCCUCACCAAAUCCUUCAGCCUUAGUCUGAACGAUUGUAAAGAUCCAGAAGCGUCUCAAGGUGACACGCUAAGCGUUUCUUCUCAGCGUGAAGAAGUGUGUGCACGUCUGCUGGUCCGUAUCGGAGACCAAACAGAGGACGGUAAACAGCAGCAGGAGUUCUACCUUGGCUCAGUACUGAUUCAUGCGAGGACUGACUGGCCUUGUCUCGACUCCCUCAUAGCCAAGACCUUCAAAGAUUAUUUAAGUCAAGUGGACCCGACAGCCAGCCUGGGUCUGACCAGUGACUCCCUGCACAUGUACCAGUUUACCCAGGGCAGGCUGAGGGUGAUUGGGGGGGACAAACCCCAAGGCUCACCUUAUCAAUGUCUCGGCAAUGGUCCCGCUCGUAUUUUUGUCACCUUGAAAGGUCUCCGGGAAAAAUGUGUCGACUCGCUGGUGUUUGAGACCCUGAUCCCUAAGCCCAUGAUGCUGCACUAUAUCAGCCUGCUGAUGAAGCACAGGCGCCUUGUUCUGUCUGGGCCCAGCGGGACAGGAAAGACUUACCUAGCUCAGCGUCUGGCUCACUACCUCCUGCAGCGCAGCCGCACUGACUCGACUGAAGCCGGCCACGAGCCCGGUCUGCUGGGGCGCAGCCCUGCUAUCACCUUCAACAUGCACCGUCAAUCACAGAAGGAGCUGCAGUUGUAUCUGUCAGAUCUAGCCAAUCAGAUUGACAGAGAGUGUGGAGGGGAGCUUCCCCUGGUGGUUAUCAUCGAUGAUAUUAGCGAUUCAGCAGCCAUCACCGAGCUCGUUAAUGGAGCGCUCACCUGCAAGUAUCACAAAUGUCCCUACAUAAUUGGAACGACCAAUCAACCUGUGAAAAUGUCGUCUAACCACGGGCUGCACCUGAGCUUCAGGAUGGUGAUGUUCUCCAACAACGUAGAACCAGCAAAUGGGUUUCUGCUGAGGUACUUGCACCGUAAAGCUGUAGAGGCUUACCAGGACCAGGAGCAGGACUUGGCACGCCACCAGGAGCUCCUCCAGGUUCUCGACUGGAUCCCUCAGCUCUGGUACCAUCUGCACGCCUUCCUGGAGAAACACAGCACUUCAGACUUCCUCAUAGGUCCCUGCUUCUUCCUGUCAUGCCCAGUGUCAGUGGCAGAGUUCAGGCAGUGGUUCAUUGACUUGUGGAACCACUCGAUCAUACCGUACUUGCAGGAAGGAGCCAAAGAUGGCAUUAAGGUCCAUGGGCAUAAAUCAGUGUGGGAGGAUCCGGUCGAGUGGGUGAGAGGCACCCUGCCUUGGCCCAACGCACAGCAGGAUCAGUCCCGGCUCUUUCACCUACCUCCUCCUAGCAUAGGUCCACUCAGUGAGGAGAAGAAGCCUCCUAAAGACACACCUCCGCCCAGCACACUGGAGUCAGACCCAUUGAUGGCCAUGCUGCUGAAGCUCCAGGAGUCGGCCAACUGCAUAGAGUCUCCAGAGAGGGAAGGCAGUCUUGAUCCCACUCUGCAGGCCACACUCUGAGUAGACUGUCGAUAAAGCUGAGGAACGGUCGACUCUACAGCACGGCUCUCACAAAUGCAGUUCAAAUGAGAAUUUAAAGACUCCAAGAUGAACUUUAAUGUGUGCUCAGUGAGCAGUUACAAAGCUAAAUGUAAAGAAUCUACAGAGCAGGAGGAUUGUGGACAGUGGACAAUGGGUUUGCUCCUCCCGGAUAUCUGAACAUGGGAAAGAUGAUGAAACCGCUUUGAUAGGAAGCUGCGAUGAUCGCGACGGGGAAAGAUGG